AUGUCUAUCCCGAAUGAGGCACUGCAAAAGUUGGUGCGGGAGAUCGAGAGCCAGGCUAUUGCAGCUCAGCAACAGAUCGGCCUGGCUCGUACCCAGAUGACUGCUAAGCAGCGAGAACAGCGCCUCGUUAAGCUGACUCUGAGCGAGAUGGCCAGCUUGCCUGAGGACGCCGUUGUCUACGAAGGUGUCGGGAAAAUGUUCGUUUCGCUUCCCGUAGACUCCCUACGACAGAAGCUUGAGGGUCAGACACAAGGUCUGGAGAGUGAGGUGGACAAGCUGAGCCAACGCUUGCUGUAUCUGGAGACAACACAUAAGAACAGCCGCGAGCACAUCGAGCAGAUGCUCCGCGCCAAAUAA